GUAGAGGCUCAGGGAUUGGACUCUCAGUCUCUGUUAUGGAAGGAGAUGUGUGACCUGCUGUGCUGCUUCACUAACAUAUUGUUGGAUGAUGACGUUUUGCAAAAUGUUCAGAGCACUUCGGGGAUGGCUCUCAUCCUUUAUCUAAAGACUAUGGUUCCGAAGACUGAAAAACUUGCCAAACAUGUGAAUGACAUGGUCCUGAUGUCUGUGGAUUCAUCUGAUGCUCCGGAUUGGUUUAUCUGCUGCUGUAGUUCAUUGUGUAAGGAUCUUCCAGACAAUGUGUUGCUCUUCCUGUGUCAAGGGGCCCUGACUAUGCUGGACUGGAGAAAUGGUGGUGGUUUUAGGCCCAGGAGGGGAGACACUGCUUCUAAACCUGCUUAGAGUUCUGCUGUCUCUUAGUUCACGCCUGAGGGAGUCCAGCACGGCCUUGUGUCUGUCCCGUAUCUUAGCCCUGUGGACAAGCUCAGCUCUAGACUCUCUACACACCUGUUCCAAGGAUCUGCGAGAAUGUCUCAAUGGCAGCUCAAGUACCAUGUGCAGCCUUCUAGAAUAUGUGUACGUAAACUGGGAACACCCCUUGGAUGCUGUCCGACAUCAAAACCAAGCAGAUCUUCAGGAACAUUCUCCAAAUCCACCACAAAGCUGUGAUCGUGAUGUCCAAUGGAGAAGUAGACUCGUUUCUUUGUCAGCUUACUCAUAAAUUACUGAGUCUGGAGUGGCACUCAAAGGGGAAGUAUGCCUCACUGGCCUGUCUUGUGGAAUGUGUUGGAACUGAACAGAUCUUGUUUGUAGAUCAUAUGAUCCCAGAACAGAUC